UUUUCCCAUUUAUUAACUGUGCGAAAUAUUUUUAAAAAAUACUCAUCGAGGUAAAAUAAAUCUACUUGCCAGAUAGCCACAGAUUUCCAUGGAAAUUUUCAUUGUUACAAUCUCCAGGACAACAAUGCCAGUCUAUACUAAUUACUCAAUAAAUCAAUAAACAAUUUUUCAUCGCGAAAAGUAAAGUAAAGUUGCUACUCACUGAAGACCAUUUAAAUGAACAUUCUAUAAAAAUAAGAGUUGGAAUGAAUUACCUUAAGCCACUAGAAUAUUCAUAAUUACAAUUAUUCGGGGAUUAUUUACAAAAAAUUGAUUGAACAUAAAUAAAUACGAUAAAAAAUGUCCAAUGUGACGUACGACGAGCUAUGGAGAGACGCUCAAUGUUCUCUAGACGAGAUAAUCCAGGCAGAUUCAAAUCUGCAGAACUCAAAGCCCCAGAAGGAUCGAAAAAAAAUUCACCGAAAUGUUUCUGAGCUGUACAUCCGGUACAUCGUGAUCUGCAAUAAAUUGGAGCAAUGCUAUGACCAAGUGAUUCAACCCCAAAAACGAUCUCUGAUGCGAAAAUUACUGGAUGGUACUCUGGGUCGAAUACUUGAGCUCAAACACGAACUCGUGGAGGUCGAUCUGUCAGAAUACAAUUACUGCGAUGACGUCCUCAUGAAAUAUGGAAUUUUACCCCAGGAGGCUGAGCUCAAGAUACCCACAUACAUCAGACGCGAGAGAAUCACUGAAAUACUGGAGAGAAGAAAAUUUAUCAGUGACGUAUUGCGCAAUGUUGGGGCACUUGAUGAAAUUAUUCAACCCAAGACGUUGACUGAGCUGGAGGCAAUACGACUCAUUCAGACACAUGAACGUGCACGUCAAGGUCGUGUCAGAUUUCAAUUUAUGAAGGAAAUUCGAGAGAUGAAGGAAAGAUCGACUAUCAAAUCUGACGUAGAGCCGAGUGAUCCAGUGAAGGAAAUAACAGCGACAAUGAAAAUCCAGAAGGUAUGGAGAGGCUACAUAACUCGUCAGAGGAUGAGAAAACGGAGGAUCGAGGAGAUGUUGUUGAUUGGAAUGGUCCAACCGAGUCAAGUAGUCUCUGAGAAUUUUCGUCAGGCUGAAAGGAUAAGAAAUCAUCGGUACGAAAAACAGACGGAGUACCAGGAUAUUUACGAUAAAAUGCUGGUAGACACCAGAGAAUUCGUGAAGAACGAGAAGAGCGCAAUUAUGGAGGAAACUAUGAGAAUUGAACUCAGAAGUUGGAUAAAUGAAUAUUUCCAGCAAACGGGUAAAAUACCCGAGCUACCGUCAGCUGAGAGCGGAGGUUCCAGAAUGAUCCUGAGUCGUCAGGGAACGGAGAGUUCGCUGAGCAAGUCGAAGGAGUCGUCUUCCUCGAAAGAAUCGAAGAAAUCGAAAAAGUCGAAGGCAAAGAAAGAGAGCGACACCGAGAAGUCCGAGGACGACGAGUCCGAUCCAGGAAUAAAGCCAGUACCCUCGAAUUUUCUUCCAGAAUUGAUUCAAGCGAAUCUGGAGUAUCAGGACAUUUGGAGAGGAAAGGACGAGUCAGGGAAUCCUUGGCAAUUACCCUACAGCGAAAUCGUUCUUGCUGAAAAAACUCGAGAAGUCGAGGAGGAAGUGAGAGCUGGUGUGGACAACAUCAUCAGAGACGAUAUAGAGGCACUUCAAGCUGCUUUGGAUCGAGAUAAGGGCCACAAGGGGAAACGAGCUAAGAAAGCCCAGAAACGUGUCCGCAGAAGUGGAAAGAAAAGCAAGAGAAAAAAGGAAAAGGACUUGACUCCUGACCGAACCACUGAGUCAUUAUUUGAGGAGUUACUUACCAAUGGAAUUAUCAAGCAUGUCCCUGAGAUCUAUCUGAAUUCUUUCAAGGGAGAAAAAUCCUACGCCAAUUUCGAACUCUGGGAUAAGGGGAGGGACAAUCUACCCACAAUCGGUGAAAUAAGACAGCUGGUAUCAGAGUACUGUAUUCUUCCCCUGGCAACAGAGAACAUACGCCUUUUAUCGCCGCUCGUACGAUCAGUGCUUAUAGCAGGGCCAAAUGCCAGUGGUAAAAAAAUGCUUGUGCACUCAGUGUGCACCGAACUGGGGGCAACACUCUUUGAUAUUACACCAGCCAAUAUUGCUGGUAAAUAUCCAGGAAAAUCGGGGCUAAUUAUGCUAUUACAUUUAAUCUCUAAGGUAUCCCGACUGCUUCAGCCAUCAAUAAUAUUCAUGGAUGGCGCCGAGAAGCCAUUCGUGAAAAAAGUCGCCAAGACGGAUAAAACCGAUCCUAAGAGACUGAAAAAAGAUUUACCAAAGCUCGUAAAAAGUUUUACUAAUGAAGAUCGCGUUAUUGUAAUUGGCACAUCCAGCUCGCCCUGGGAUGGUGAUCAGAAGUUGCUUUAUCAGACGUACGACAAAGUUAUUUACAUACCCCGACCCGAUUAUGGCACCAUGUCAAUGCUAUGGAAGGAUUUGCUUUACAAAUACGCAGGAAUCAGCAGACAAUUCGAUACGUCAGCAAUGACCAAGAUCUGCGAUGGAUUUACUCUCGGUCGUGUUAUUCAAUCUAUUAGCGAGGUGAUGACGACGAAGAGGAUGGUGCAGCUCAGAGUUCAGCCUUUGACACAUGCCGAGCUGGUGAAUGCAUUGAGCGCUAGGGAUCCAGUCUACAAGGAAGAAGAAGAGGCUUUUUUAGCGUGGUUCUCCAAAACUCCCACUUGUAGAAAAAAACAGAAAGCGAUCGAGCUGGAACUCCAGAAAAUGGAGGAGGCCAAUGAGAAGCAGAAGAAAAAGGGGAAGAAAUAGCAUCUGCUGCUGUUCAGAGGAUUUCACAAUUUUUUUGCUCACACAUGGACACGUUACAGGCAUCAACUGAUAGAAUACAUCAGACGCGUCAACACCUCGACACAAAGAAUUCACUCAAACGAGAAGAGAAAAGGCGAAGAUGAUAUGAUAUUUCCGUUCAUCAAAAGUAUAAUCACUAUAUGUAGAUAUCACCGGCAAUGGGAGUGAUCCAGAAUUGAAUUGUAAUCAUUAAAUGAUUCAUUCAAUCAUCAGUUCGAGAAAGUCAUCGAGAGAAAAGUUGAGAAAAUAAUUCCAAACGUAAUCAUUCAUUUCUAAUU